AUGACUGAUAUCCUAGAACAAUUAGCAGAGCGACAGGGUCCAGGGCCAUUUAACCAACCCGGAACCCAAGAUAGAGGGGAAGAUAGAACCUUAGAGAGGUUUCUGAAAUUUAAUCCGCCUAAAUUCAUUGGAGGACCUGAUCCCGAGUUAGCGGAGAACUGGCUGGAGCGAAUGACUAAUAUUUUUAUCGGCUUAGACUAUACUGAAGAGAUGCGAGUGAGUUUUGCUGCCUUUCAGUUUGAGGGCGUUGUACGUGCUUGGUGGGACGUGAUAAGAAGAAAGUGGGAAAGAGCGCAGACCCCUUGGAUUUGGAAAAACUUCACGAGAGAGUUUAAUGAGAAGUUUCUUCCGUCUCUAAUUCAAGAGAAGCGGGAGGAUGAAUUUAUAAAGUUGAGACAGAGAACUCUUAGCGUGGCUGAGUAUGAGGGUAAAUUCACUAACCUUUCUAAGUACGCUCUAGAGUUAGUGGUUAAUGAGUAA